CUAGUCUGUCCUCGCAGUAACAGCGUGGCUACGAUGGUGUGUAGCCAGUGUGAUGUUGCUGGCACUUUCCGUGUCUGCUCACCAUGCCCUCCUUUUCCCUAUUGCUAUGCGGAUUCUCCGGUCGGCGAAGGAAGCCCCUGAGCACUGAAGCGACGGAUCCGGAAGCUCAGCAUAUGAAAGAUGCCUUGGAGUGUCUGAUAGAUUCAGUGGAGGGAGAGAGCUCGCACAAGGCUGAGCACGGUAGAGAAAUGCAAGCGUUCCUUCGUCUGUUCACAAGCUAUAUCAAACGGAAGCGAGAGCGAAGUGUGCUGGUAUGGGAUCGGGUGCAACCUAUCUCCACAGACCAGAUCGUUCCGUAUGAUAGCUUACCAGCCAGCGGCAAUUUUAAUAAUCUCAAAAAGCUCGCAGUGCUAAAGGUCAAUGGGGGCCUUGGAACGUCAAUGGGGAUGCCUGGCGCGAAGAGCGCCUUGGAAGUCAAGAACGGCGUGACCUUCCUCGACCUCACAGUCCGCCAGGUCGAGUCCUUGAACAUAGCAAAUCAUGUUGACGUGCCUCUCAUUCUCAUGACGUCGUUCCAUACCCAGGAUGACACUCUGCGGGUCAUCAAGAAGUACGCAGAUCACCAGGUGCACAUCACGACAUUUAACCAGUCGCGCUACCCGCGGGUGUACAAGGAGAACAUGCUACCAUGUCCGAAAUCAUCCAAAGACGAGCAUGAAAAGUGGUACCCGCCAGGACAUGGAGAUCUGUACUAUUCGCUCGCGCAUUCAGGCGUACUCGAUCGUCUAUUGCAGCAGGGAAAGCAGUAUCUCUUCGUGUCCAACUCGGAUAAUCUUGGCGCUACUGUAGAUGAGCGGAUCCUGGACCACAUGAUUGACACGCAGACCGACUUCGCCAUGGAGGUUACGGACAAGACCAGGGCGGACAUACAGGGCGGAACGCUGGUCAACUACGACGGCCACAUUCGCUUGCUCGAAAUGGCGCAAACCCCUGCAGACCACGAAGAAGAUUCCCAGUCCGCGCGGAGCUUCAAGCUGUUCAACACCAAUAACUUGUGGAUCGACCUGCACUCUUUGAAGCGGAAUAUGGACAAGGGCGGCAUGGACCUCGAUCUCAUCGUGCGCGAGAAGGCUAUGGACGACGGCCAGGCGGUCAUUCAGCUCGAGACGGCGGCAGGGUCAGCCAUCAAGCACUUCGACAAUGCUUGCGGGAUACACGUGCCUCGGAGUCGCUUCAUUCCUGUGAAGACUUGCAGUGACCUGCUUCUGCUCACGAGCGACAUUUACGCGCUGCAGAACGACAGGCUCGUGCCGAACCCCGACCGCAUGUUUACGUCUAUUCCGGUCAUUAAGCUAGGUGACCACUACCGUAAAAUCCAGGAAUUCCAAGAGCGCUUCAAACAGAUCCCUAAAAUUGCGGAGCUUGACCACUUGACGGUUUCUGGAGAUGUACAUUGGGGACGAAAUAUCACCUUAAGAGGCACUGUUAUAGUUGCCGCAAGCGAAGGCCAGCGGAUCGAUAUUCCCAGCGGCACCACUCUCGAGAACAAACUCAUCUCUGGAAACCUCAAUUUGAUUGAACUGUGAAAUAUCCAAAAUUCACGCGCAUAUUCCAAGUGUCAGCCUCCAUGGUAUCAUGAAUUAGCAUCAUCUGAAUUUUUUGCACCUUUCAUGCACUGUACGCCUGCCGGCACUGGUCUGUAUACAUAGUUUUCCUUCACUUCUCAAAAUGUGGUGAAGUUAUAUCCGUUGCUUUCCUGAUAA